CAAUCCCACAAAAAUCGAAAACUGACAGUUUCUUUUGACAGCAAGAUAGUGCAGAGGGCUUAAAAUGGCCAAACAGAAAGGUGAAAAGAAGGGAAAAUCAGCUAUUAAUGAAGUAGUUACCCGCGAAUACACAGUCAACCUUCACAAGAGGCUACAUGGUAUUGGAUUUAAGAAACGUGCCCCCCGAGCCAUUAAAGCAAUCCGCCAGUUCGCUGAAAAACAAAUGGGGACCCCCGACGUUAGGAUUGACACCAGACUGAACAAACAGUUAUGGUCCAAGGGUAUCAGGAAUGUACCUUUCCGUGUACGUGUACGCUUGUCACGUAGAAGAAAUGACGAUGAAGACUCUGUGAAUAAACUGUAUACUCUUGUGACUUAUGUUUCUGUAUCUUCAUUUAAAGGAUUACAAACAGAAAAUGUAGAUGCCAGCCAAGAAUAGAGUCUACUGUAAUUUUUUAAUUUAACGUUUCCAAAAUAAACAAUUUCCAAUAUA